AUGGACCCCGUCGUAUCGAGCAACGGCGGUGGUCCGUCCCAUCAGGAUCAUGGCCACGGUCAUCGUCCGAGCUCGAACCGUGCCGGCCACUCGUCAUCGUCAUUGUCCUCCUCCCAGUCGCUGUCCCUGUCGAGCUCUGCCCAGCCGCUGCCAUCACCACCACAGCGCACCGCCUGCUCUCCUUCUCCUACAGCUACCACGAUCCCCAGUCUGAAACUGAAUCAUGCGUCAAGCCAGUCCCAGCCGGUACCGGAUCACGAGUUCCGCUCCCUCGACGACGAACUGCCGACGGUCACGCACGACUUGAUCCCCCUGAGCCACAUCGUACAACGUCUCGUCGCACAGGUCCACGCCGAUCUGCUCAACCUCACAGAGACGUCAGUCGGACACGCGCUGGACCUUCUUGUCUCGUCCCGAGUGGGGCGGCAUGCUGAGCCUCCCCCUUCUCCAUCCAGUCUGCCCUCCUCAUCGGACCCAGCUCGCAAGAGGGCCAUCGUCGACUAUGUCCUCCAAACGCGGCGCCAGCUACUCAAGCUACUCGUUCUCGUACGGUGGAGCUCACAGGCGGACGCCCUGCACAAAUGCAUGGUACGUGCCACCUCAGCUCGGGGCUUGCUCCGAGUCGCGCACUGAUUCGGACUCACCGCCCCACGCCCCAUAUAGAACAUUAUUGGCUUUUUGGCAAGACAAAACUUCGAAUUCGAUCAGGCCGUACAGCGAUUGCACGAGGUCAAGGACGUGUUGGCCGGCGCAAGGUCAGUCUACCGCGAGUUCAGCUCCCCGUCCGUUCAGUUGCUAACUGUCCCCUUGGCUGCGUCGUGCCAGGGUCCGCAACUAUGACCUCACCUCCGCGCUUACCGUACUCUCGACCGGCCACUACCCCUUCCUCCCCUCCGUCAUUCCCGAAUCCUUUACCCAGCCUCUCCCACUGUCCGACUCGGCCGUGCUCGAAACCCUGGCCGAGGUCGAUCAGAUCCUCGCGUACCGAUUGGCAUGUCUCGAGAAGCUACCUCGCGCGAUGAGGACCUAUUGGAUCAAGGAUGGGAGGGUAGCUUUCCGGGUUGAGCGCAUGUGGGAGGCCAGUUUCACCUAUGGUGGCGAGCGCGGGAAAGAGGAGUGGUACUUGCUUGGCAUCAAGUUUGUGUUCAACGUUCAGGAUGCCAGAGGGGGUGAGUAGAUUGAAUUGUUGCCCUCUCGGCUAACUUGUCAAGCUCACACCUUCAACCCCUUCCAGUCUGGUCAUCCGAACCUUCUGGACCAAUCAAGGAAACAAUAGUCCAACUCUGCAACCAGGAACUCGCUCGGCAUCCCCCCACCGACCCAUCCUCCUCCUCGACACCCAAAUCCGCCCCUCUGGUCCGAGCCUACAACUUUCUACAACGGCUCGCUUUGAGCUACCAACUCGAGGCGAUCGCGUCACAGGCCUCGGUAUUCGCCCAAACGAAAUGGAUGGGGCAUCUGAGAUGCGUGAGAGAGUUUGACGGGCGUGGGUUAAGGGUUGAUUAUUGGUUACCCAAGGAAGGAUCAGCUCCGACCUCGGCUAAUUCGGGCUCGGGAUCGUCGGCGGCGGGAGGAGGGGCUAAAACGAUACCGACGGCGACGGCGCCGUGUUUGAGAUUCGCGUAUGGGCAACGGGAUGAGGUCCGAGGGACGGAGAGGGUCGAGUUGAUGCGGAGAAGGGCUUUGGACAAGUUGUUGAUCGGAGGAGGCACGGGGGGGAAGCGGAAAGAGGCUACGACGACCGGUGCGCAGGGGCCAGGGUCAGAGCCGCGGCAGGACGAAACGACGGAAGAACAAGAGGAUGUCGAUGAUGCUUUGUCGAUCACGUGGACCGUGCCGAGCUCCUCGGAUUCGGCUAUGCCGGUUGAUACGACUUCGGUCGACCUGACCUUGAACGAGAGUCUGGAUCUGGAGAUCUUGUUGAGACGGGUGACGACUCGACAUGUCCGAAGCAACAUGCUCGAGUUGUACGACCAGCUCGUCCACGAACUUGAUCCGACCGAUCUGGAACUCGUUUCGUCGACGAACAGCAAUGCGCCUUCAAUUGUGGAUCGGGAGGAGGAACUUCAGAACGAGGGUGUCCCGCAGAUCAAAGUCCACCUCUACUCGUCCCACUAUAUCCUCGUUUCUCUCUCGACGCUCUCGGGCAAACUCGAGUUCAAAGCUGUCGGCGAAGCGACCUCGUUGCGCGAAGCACGACUCCGAGGUGCGGCGGAAAAAGUCGACCAUUCGCGUCGACUGCUCGGCGAAACACUGCUACGCAUCCGCGCGACUACGAUCCUGGACGAGGUCGACUCAAAGGCCGGCUAUUUGGGCCUUGCGACGACCAAGAGGUUACCGUUGAAGAGCAACGACAUGGCUCGCUUUGGAUCGACGACGAGAGGGUUGCUCUUCAUCCAGCUCAAAGGUGUGUCGAAUGGAUCCUCAACUGGAGCACAGGCCGCAUCGUCCUUUGGGUGGAUGUCAUCGGGAUCGAGCUACUACUUGGUCUUGGUGAUGAACGAGUCGGGGUUUCGUUUCGCAUUGAUCGGGACGAGGGAAGAGGCGGAUCAGAUGUCGGCUUGGACGACGAUCGAUGAGAUGGGUUGGAUAGAACGUGGGUCAAUGACAGGGGCGGGUCAGCAGGAUCCGGGGACGGGCUUCGAUGUGGGGAUCGAGGAUUUAAGAGACCUUUAUGCUUAUUGCAUGUGAGUCGACUGUAAAGAGAAGGGGUCAUGGAUGACUGUAACUGGGAACUGAUGGUGCUUUUGUGGGGUUCGAUGAUCCAGGAAACGCAUCAGAUUCUACAUCAUCGAAUCGCAGCUUCACCUCCGACGGAUCCCUUACCAACAUGUGUCUCCGUCGGCUCCAGCUUCAGCAUCGCGUACUGCAUCUUUGACACCGACAUCACCUUAUCUCGUGAUCCACUCCUCGGACCUCAUCCCAUCGCCAACGCCGAUAGCCCACCGCAACAUAGCGAUCCAUCUACUUCCGCCCAGAUCUUACUCUGCCCACAAUAAUCUAGGCGAUGCACAACAAGACCAAGUCGUCUUCCUGCUCAAGCUCAAAGCCACGCUUUCCCCACCACCCCAAAACCUCUCUCUCGCCACCCCACACGCCGAUCCAUCAACUCCAAACCUUUCGCCCUCCAACGUCCUCUACUCCCCCCCAACGAACGUCCUCGAAUUCCGCUUCGACGAUCUCGAGACCUGCGUGCAGGAUUUCUUGGAUGCGUAUGCUUUGGUCGUCAAGAGUGUGGUGAUGAAGAGGCAUCGGUUGUUGGAGAUCAAGAGGCAGGAUCAAGCGGUGUCGUUGGUGAAGGCGGUGAUGGAGGCCCAGUUGGGAGGAGCGGGGGAAGUAGCUUCGACGACAAGGACUGCAUGA